CGGCUUCAUUGUUGACAAGACAAAGAACUCAUGAUGCAUUACCAAACCCUUAUCACCGUACUCUGUGUUUUGGGCGCUAGCUAUGCUGCAACCAUGGAGGAAGAAACUUCCCUCAACCGAAAAGCCAGGGACCAUGAAUAUUUAGUAGAAUGUGACAACCUUAGUUACUGGAAAGAUAUAACUCCAGGUCAUCAAUGUGGUGAAUGCAAAAUUCACGGAGAUCCUCAUGUUAGUACUUUUGAUCAGGUUAAAUUCAAAUUCAUUGGAGAGCCAGAGAGAUACCUAGCAACCCGUGUUUAUGGGUUUGAUACUCCAUGCGACCAGAUUAAAAUUGAAUUUGAGCUCGUACAGCACCAUAAUAAGAGAAGGCAUAUAUUCCAUAAAAUCUUCCUCAUAGACGGAACUGAGACUAUCACGCUUACUAGACGAAAUGACGGGACAAUAGAUACCACCAAUGUUCCUGGUGGUGACCAAAGUGGAUUAGAUGAGUUUAGCUACAUCUUUCCAAAUUGUCAGAAAAUCCAAAUGAAAUUCUGGGACAGAGCUUUAAGGCUGCAUAUAGCAGGGCACAGUGUCCUAAGAGGUCACAUGGAAGGAAUAUGUGGUAUUUAUAAUGGUGAACAAGACGAUGACAUGUAUGGUUCAGACGAUAUUAAGUAUGAAAAUCAACCAGACGAUUUUGCAGCGACAUGGAAAACCGACGGCUUACCAGGUCAUACGACCCAUCCAGAUAAGUAAGCGACGGUGACUAUCAACAAAUUAUCAAUUUAUCUUGGGUGUUAUAAGUUUCCUUCUCUUUACUGUUAAUAAUGCUCAUUUAAUACACAUAUCACGUUCAGAAGAAUUGUUUUGGACAUACCCUGGAUAAACUAUAGUAAUAUCCUGCAAACUAAUGUACAUUAGAAUUCACUGUGAAUUUAAGAUCAAAGCUCCUCAAUCUGUAAUAUUCUAAAUGCAUAGAAAUAAAAUAAUAAUGUU